AUGUCUGUUCCUCAAUUUCCUCCACCUGAAUUUAAAUAUGAUAAAAAUCAACGUAUUAUGAAUAGAUUGGAAGUUGAAUCAACUUCAACUAAAUCAUUACCAAUUUCAUUCCCUACUUAUUAUUUAGAUAAAUCAAUUGAUAAUUUUAAUAUUGAACCAAAACAACAAGUAGAUUAUAAUCCAAUUCCAAAAAGAUUUUCACAAUUUAUAAUUGACCAACAAAAUCCUUAUCUUUCUCAAAGAUUAGAUAAUUUAUCAUCAAGAGAAGAAGAACCAUUAAGGGAUAUUUCUGAUUCAAUGGGUUCUCAAGCUACUAUUUUCUCAACAAGACAAGAUUCAAGUAUAGUACCUACUAAAAGAUCAAAAUCUAAAUGGUUAAAGAAACGAAAUUCAAAAUCUUCGAAUGUACAAUUAACUAGACAAUCUUCAAUUACCUCAUCCUUAAAACGUACAAAGGCAAUUAAGAUAAAACAAGGAUCAAAAUGGUAUAGGCUAAAAUUGUUUUUUAAAAAAUUACGUCAAAAGAUUUUCAAAGUUUCAAAUAAACGAAAAGUUUCAAUGAAGAGAUCAAAAACAUUAAUUAGAAAACAAAGAUCAAAUCCACAAAAUAAACAUGUUAAACAACAAAUAUCAAAUCCAAUAACGAAUCCAAAUUUAGGUCAACAACCAGUUUUUAAAAUUAGAAAAAUUGGAGAUUUAAAUCCAAGAGAUCAACAAAUUUAUACUCAAGAAGAUUCAAAUCCAAAAGAACGACAUUUAUCGAAUUAUAUUCAAGAACAAGAAAAAUUACAAAAGAAACCAUCACCUCCAAAUGAAUUUGUUCAAUUACCAUCUCCCAAUUUUGAUGAAAAUUUAAGUGAAUUUGAAAGUAUUGCUCCUUCACUUCCACCACAUUUAGAUGCAUCAUUUCAAAAACAAAUAUCAAAACCAAUACAUAAAGAUGAACAAAGUGUAGACUUACAAAAAGUUGACUCGGCAGUUGCUCAAGAAAAUAUUCAUCAAUUAUGGCAUUGUUAUUUACGAUUUGUUUUAUUUAAACGUAUUCAACUACGUCAUGAAAUUGAAAUGUUUCAAAAUUAUUUACUUGAGACUACAACACCAGUUCAGAUUAAUUUUGAUAAAGAAUCAACAAUAAAAUCAGAUAAUGAAGUUGAAUCAACUUCUUCAAUCUAUACAUCUAUUGAAACUGAAACUGAUACUAUAGGUUCAAAUAAUAAAGAAGGUGAUUUUAAAGAUAGAAUACUUAAAAGAGAAUCAAUAUUGGCUGAUAUGUUAGAUUAUUCAUCGGAAGAUGAAGAAGAAGAAGAAGAAGAUGAUGAUGAUGAUGAUGAUGUCUUUUCAAUCCAAAAUUCGAAUUCAAUUAGAUCUAAAACUUAUGGAACUAUAAAGUAUACAAGAGGAAGAUCAACCAAUUCGUCAUUGAAAAGAACUUUUGGCUUAGCUCAUAGUUUAAGCCAAUUAUCAUUAGAGAAAUAG